UUUUUUUCUUCCAAUGUUCACUUCUCGUAUCUCCUCCUUUUAUCCUCUUUACACCCACAGAUCCAUCCUAUUUGCACGUCGAUUCAUGUCUACUGCUAUCGCUUUGAAUCCCUCAGAAUUUGUUGAUUUCAAACUCAAGAACAUUGAGUCUUUGACUCACAAUACUUCGAGGUUCACGUUUGAACUUCCCGAGCACCAGUCUUUGGGUCUUCAUGUAGCUUCUUGCAUCCUUACUAAAUUCAUUGGCCCUGAUGGCAAGCCGGUCAUUCGUCCUUACACCCCCACUUCGGAAACCUAUGUCAAGGGAUCGUGGGACUUGAUCAUCAAGCGCUAUGAUACUGGCAUAAUGUCCUCACAUAUCCACAAUCUUAAGGUUGGUGACACCCUUUCAGUGAAAGGCCCAAUCUCAAAGUAUCCUUUGAAGGUGAAUCAGCACAAGUCAAUAGCUUUGAUCGCUGGUGGUUCUGGUUUGACACCCAUCCUUCAAUUGAUCUACAGUAUCCUUCAUGACAAAGAGGAUGUGACCAAGAUCAACUUUAUUUUUGCAAAUGUUACUCCAGACGAUAUUAUCCUCAAAGAUGUUCUCGACGAGUUGGUGAAGACGCAUCCAGAUCAGCUCAAGGUGACCUAUGUGGUUAGCAGACCCCCUGCUGAAGGUUGGAUCGGGGAGACUGGACGUGUGAAUGCUGAAAUGAUUAGAAGACACGUUCCAGAAAUUGGAACAGAAGGCAAUAAAGUCUUUGUCUGCGGUCCUCCAGGUAUGAUGAACGCAAUUAGUGGACCCAAGAAUCCCGAUCUCACGCAGGGCGAGCUCAUUGGGGCACUAAAGGACCUUGGUCUUACUUCUGAGCAAGUUUUCAAGUUUUAGACAUGGUAACAAUAAAGAUCGAUAGAGG